AUGGAGGUGGCUGGGGGGAAGAAGAAGAUGCUGGCCACCCUGGUGGGGUGCAACUACGCCGGCACGGAGAACGAGCUGCACGGCUGCAUCAACGACGCCCACGCCAUGCGCGCCGUCCUCCUCGACCGCUUCGGCUUCGCGCCGGGCGACGUCACCGUGCUCACCGACGACCACGACAGUGGCGGCGCCGGCAUGCUCCCGACCGGCGCCAACGUCAAGCGCACGCUUGCCGAAAUGGUGGCGCGCGCGGCGCCCGGUGACGUGCUCUUCUUCCACUUCAGCGGCCACGGCACCCUCGUCCCUCCCAUCACCGGCCAUGGCGACCGUGACGACGAGGCCAUCGUGCCCUGCGACCACAACCUCAUCUAUGGUACGGUCUGUAGUACAUGUCGUCUGCGUACCUGUAAGCCAUGA